GAGCAAUCCUGGGAUAAAACCGACGCAGCAGAAAGGCCCUCCGAGCGUCUCAAAAUAGGCUCCGAGCGAUGGCGCCGGUGGCCGCCAUCGGAUUGAUCUCAAGCGUCUCGCUGCUCGCGCUGCUGCUGCUCGUCCACCUUUUGGGCUGCGCGACGACACCAGUCCUUCUCUCGUUUGCCGCCAUUCGAGGCCGCAAGUACGACUGGUAUCUCUACACCAUGUCGUUCGUCUCGCUCUCGAGCGUCGUCGCGAUCCUCACUCUGCCGCUCGUGGUUCUCUUUGGCGACGCUGUCCCGUGCGCUGUCGGCUUCCUCCUGCGCUACGUGCUCCCGGCCUUGUCCAGUGGCCUCUACCUCCUCGGACAUCUCUCAGUACUGAUCGUCUUUUGCAAGUCGGCCGACGCGCCACCGCGGCGCGGUGUCGAGGCUGUCGCAACCACGAGGCAGCCUUCGAUGCGCCGUGCCAGCGUCUGCUUUCUAUUGUUUAUGACGCCGCUCGCGGCGACACCUUGGUCCAUUUUUGCGCUGCGCAUAGCGACGUGCCAAGACGACGAUGCCUUCCGAUCGCUCUACUGGAUACAAGUGGGCCAAAGCUGCGUGUGGGCCAUUGGUUGCAAGUACAUUUCUCUCCUGUAUGACCGCGCGCACGGCAAGGCGGUCGAGCGCUUCCGGACCAUCCAUUACAAGACGAGCAAGGGCCUCUGCAUGUCGGCGCUUCUCGUGGCUGGCGUCGUUCUUGUGGCACUGGCGCUGCAUUGGGACGGAUAUUACACCUUGUACCUCGACUAUACCUUUCUCGUCGUGCUGCACUUGAACCUUACGUUCUGGUACUUUGACGGCUACCGCAAAAGCAGGCGCAUCGCCGGCGUCGGGCCGCACGUGCACGCGAUCUCAGCACGCGCCAUGUCGGCGCGCACCAUGAGCUUUCGCUCCAACAAGUCGACGGCGGAGGACACGGACACGCUGCCGUGGCGCUUUGAGAUGGACGACGUGAAGCGGUUCUUGGUGCUCGACGAUUAUUUUUCGGAUUUUCUGGCUUUUUGCGACACGUUGGGGCGGACCCACGAGCCGCUGUCGUGGCGCCUCGUGCAGCUGCACAAGCAGCGCAAAGUGCUGCCCGCGGUCGUCUACAACGACUGCAUGAGUCCGAACGGGCCGCUCGUGACCAUGACGGGCCUCAGCAUGGCGCCUAAAGUGGCCUCCGUGGUCCGCGCGCGCCCCGACACGAUCGUCGGCGAGACGCUCGACCAGCUCUACGCUGCGUUCGAGACCGACUUGCUACGCGUGAUGUGCCAGCAAAUUCUGCCCAAGUACCAGAAAAGUGGACGACUCUGGUACAGCUUUGCGCAGCGACCAGCCGACAUCGCCGCACCCGAGCCGCCUCUGACGAGCGCGCCGUUUGCAACCGCCAUGCGCCACGCACCGUCGACGCUCCUGCCGACCACGAACGAGCAUGGGUCCAACACCACCGACGCCGCGGUACCCGGCAGCCACGACGCCGCCGGCUCGUCGGCUCCUUGA